CAGCGAGUGAGCUGGGCUGCGUUGUUUCCCAGCUCGUCUCCAAAUUUCCCGCCACCUGAUUAUUUUCCACGUUUCUCAUAUUAUCGACUGAUCUUGUUCUUUGCGAGUGUCGUUUCUCUUCGGUUUGUUUGCUCUUCGUUUCGCCGGUAGUCCCGCUCCCGUCCGAUCCGCCUUGCUCCAAUUGUGUGUGGGUUGUCACCCCGUUUAAUAAGCACCCCUCACCGCCGCCGCCUCCAUUGUCAUCUGGUAUACGACCGAGAGAGAGAGAGGGAGAAACAGAGAAAGAGAUAGAUAGAGACUACGGUAAACGAUGAACACUCAGCCUGCUGCCACCUCGUCCGCGCCUUACAAUGGCCCUGGGGCAUAUCCGACUGCGCCCUCAGGAGGACCGCCCGGGUUUGACCAUUACUCCCAACCGCCUCAGUCCACCACCCCGACGGCCCCUUAUCCCGGCCCAGGCUAUGGAGGACCUCCGUCGGCUGCCGCUCCCAGUGUGAAAGUUCAGCCUGCGGUCGAACACAUGGCUGGCCCGGCAUACUAUUCGAACCCGUAUCCGCAGCAGUCAUCGAGCGUGGCCGAGGCACCCCGCCCUUCUGCCGCCCCUCAGCCUUUGAACCCUCUUACGACCACCACUCAGGACCUGAAGUCGGCCAAGACGAAUACACAGUUUGCUUUACGGGAGUAUCUGUCCCUGCAAAGGAAGAGGAGCCGUCUCGACGGAGCGACAUCGCUGGAGUUGGAGGACCAGAUCAAAACCCAGGGCCGCAUCUUGCUUCAGGAUCUCAAGUUCUUGAGAAAAGAAGUCGCCGUUCUUGUCAAAGAUGGCGAGAACCAUCGCUGGAGGAACUGGCUGAUCGGUGGGGCUGUGGCAACCUUCAUCCCAGCUGUCAAGAGGAUAUUCCGCCGUUCGUCUGAAAAGUCGGACGACCAAGUGCAGGCCUCCAACAGUACCGAGUACGCCUUUUGGCGCAGCAAGGCCCUUGUCGCCCGCAUCAAGGACAGCCUCCUCGGACGGAACAGUUUCGCCAGCAUUGCCUUCUUCGUCUUCGCCGUCCUGUAUGUUUUCACCAACGAGGUCUCCCUCCAGGUGGCCAAGACGGUUUCGAAACGGCUGAAGCGACUCAGCGCCAAGAUUGAGCGGGGCGACGCCGAGGUCGUCGAGCAGGACGCGAAACUGCUGGAGGGAUGGCGAUGGCGAGUGCUCAUGUGGGGUCAGUGAUUCGGACAAGAGAUAUGGCGGACGUGAUGAGCAGCUAUGACAGACAUGAGCCGACGACAGCGUUGCAUGAUGAAUGGCGUGUUGAUUUCUAGUCCUGUUUUAGGGCCGUCUGAUUUCAGGGCAUGCGGCUGUACAUAAUGUUAGCAAAUAUCAUCCUAGGUACAAAUUUGUUUACAUGCUU